GAGGUUCUCUCUUGUAUCCUAUCAUCAACUAGUCACCCCUUAGACUCGACGCUUCAAUCUAGAAAUGACUACACAGGCGGCACCCUGCAAGGUCCUUAUGCUCCAUGGGUUCUCCCAGAACGCUAGUAUCUUUGGAAAACGCCUCGCUGCGCUCAGGAAGUCCCUUGGCCCAAACAUUGAGCUAGUGUUUGUCAAUGCGCCCAUUGCUCUCCGCAGAAUAGACCUGGCUGGUUCCGCGUCUGAGCCAUCCCUCGACGCGGUCGGCGCAUCCGAGGCGAACCCCGACAGCACAGACGAGAAGGACGCUCCCCGCGCAUGGUGGCGCGCUGAUAGAGCAAGGCAAACGGCGAAGGGUCUCGAGGACACGCUGAUAUACAUACGGGAGAUUCUGAGAAAGGAUCGGUUUGACGGUGUUUUCGGGUUUAGUCAGGGUGCUGGGUUUGCUCCUCUUCUUGCAGCACUGCUUGAGAGACCACAUGUCUACCCCCCGUUCCUGGUCGAUGGCCUGCCUCCUCAUCCUCCAUUCAAAUUUUGCAUUUCGGUCGCAGGCUUCAAAGCUCCCGGUGAACUAAGCCAGAAGAUAUACAGCCAGAUGUAUACGACGCCAACGCUACUCGUGAUGGGGAAGAACGACAUCAUUGUUGUUGAAGAGCGCUCAAAGAUGCUUAUGGAAGUUGCUGAGAACAUAAGGGUUGAGCAACACGAUGGUGGUCACUUUGUCCCGUCAAAGGUCAACUGGCGCGUUUUCUUGAAGGGGUGGAUGGAGAACCCACAAGGCAGAGUCCCUUCACCCUCCGCAAUCACUAUGACCAAUGCUGAGCCGGAGCCUGCAACUAGGGGACGGCGUCGCAGGUCCAGCUUGAAGCGCGCUGCGAACCUUUAGAACUUGGCCUGCUGCUAUGUUUUGAGUUAGGACGCUGGAGCGCGACGUCAUGAGGGAGGAUGGUUAUAGGUCUGGUAUAGUACUGUAUUCUUAAUCGUUACUAUAUAUCAUGUGGACAUCGCGAUGACAUUUGAAUAUCUUUAUAAAACU